AUGGCACUCCCCGUACUCCCAAACACGGAUAAUUUCCUGGGCGUCGCUCUUGUCAUCAACCGUUCCCGUGAUGGCCCCCGGUUCGUUUUUCACUACCCACCUCGCCUCCUGCCACCUGGGACCUCAAAGAGAGAUGCCGAUGGCGGCGACGAUGUUGACGAGGACGAUGACAUUUUGCCUGGUCGUCCCUCACGCGAGGCGAGGAUAGAGACUGGCUCGUCUUCGGCGUUGCUUGCUGCCGAGCUGGCCCAGUGGAAUCAUGACGACCACCUCGUGACAGAAAGCGGUACCCAGAUUGUGCCCUGGGAGCACGUCGCUGGCUUUCCCACCAAAGAUUUAGAGAACAUCUUGAAACCGGCCAGGGCAUACCACAAACGCCUCUUCCAAGUGUCCCUGGACCCGAUAUAUUGUGUCUCGUACCCAAUCCACGUGCCCGAGAACGGUGUGUGGAAGAAGAAAAAGGCCAAGGAACCAGGAAAACAACGGCAUCCGCCGAAGGAACCAGGGCCCGCCAAGAAAGAAGACGAUGACCCGUUCGCAACGGACGCUGGCGGGUCAGCCAGGAGCGGCGGCGAGAGGGGCUCAGGGAGCGCCGAGGGGAUUGAGGUGAGAGACACGUUGAAGCCCCUCACCAAGUCGGCCGAGGAGGCCGAGGAUAAGAAGAGCUCCAUGACCAUGUUCAACCUGGUCUUCUUCCUCAACCCGAAAAAGCACGAGGUCAAGCCCCUCGUCGACAUAAUGUUCACGCACAUAAUCAAAAAAAUCAACAAGGCCUACAAAUAUUGUCAACAGCGGAGUGACUUUGUCUGGAAGGAAUCGAAGCGGAUCCUGGCCCUCAAAGAUAAAGGGCGCGAGGACACAGCAUCCAUGCAGGACAUCUACGAAGCUGUCUCGCUGAAUAGGAUAGCCGUUCUGCAGCUGGAUACCGUCGAGGGCGCAGUAACUCACUCGGUCCAGAUCCCAGUCCCGUUCCAUGUACCCGAUCUGCCCCAAGAGGGCGAGAAGGGCCAGAGCGGCGUCUGGUUAACAACGGCAAACUCGCUCAUGGGUGAGGAAGCGGCUGAAACCCCAGGGUUUCUUGACAAGAACUUUGCUCUUUUGCUCGUCAUGGACGAGAAGCGGGUGACAGCAGAGCUCCAGAACGAUGCCGAUGAGACCACUCUCGCCAUGAUCGAGUUUGUGCGCCACUGCAAACCAACGCUCUCUUUCUACCAGGUUUGUCAGCAAUCCAGCAACAUCCUCACACCCACGCAGGUGCGCAAGUUUGCCCAGCACUUCAUCUUCUGGCGGCGUGCCAUCGCCAUCCCACCACUGCACGCCCGCGACAUGUACAUUGUGAGCCCCAACUGCGACCUACGGAAACUACCCCAGGCCGCCACCCAAUGGGCUCGCCAGUUUCCCCUUUCGCCGACCCUCCCCAACUUCCUCGCCGAGCUCAGCGUCGCCCCGCGGCCCUACAAGCUGCACUGCCCUAGCAAAGCCCACCGCCCCGUUUACAUGGCCAUGUUAGCCUGGCUGAUGCGCGGUGGCUGGGUCACGCAGCUGUGCACCUUUGCUUACGUCGUCGUCUGGCCUGAGAUUAUCUACGAGGUCGAAUACGCGUUAGAAGCUGAGGAGAUCGCCCGCGCAAAGCCUGCCCAGAACACGGGUCGAGAUGCAGGGAGCGCAGGAAACGACGGCGUCACCGUUGCAAGUCUAGCCAUUCCAACUCCGGGCGAACCAGCCCUAACCGGGUCCUCCUCAACCUUCCUUCCUCUCCUGUCAGACCAUCCGGUCCCAUCCCCAUCGUCAACCAGCCUCCGUGGCCUCUCCCUAUCCUUCUCCCAAACCUCGCUCGUCCCCACCUCCUCGACACCCACCUCACCCGCCACCAGAACCAGCACCCUCAACAGCACCGCCCACAACAACCGCCCCUACACACCCUCCGCCACGCCACCACCACUCCUUUCCCAACCGCCGCCCCAACCACCCAACAACAGCACCAACAACAGCACCAACCACCACCCCUCCGACCCCAACAACAACAACACCAACAGCAACCCCUCCGACCCCACCAACAGCAACAACAACCCCAACAGCAACCCCGACAACACCGCCGAGCCCACCCCCACCGAACAAGCUGCCGAAAAAGCCCGCCUCGCCCGCCUCGCCGACAAGGCCGCCCGGGUGCUUGCCGAGCGCGCGACGGCGCACGCGCGCAAGGCGGUGCCGCAGGCGACGGCACACCCCAGCGUCAACCGGGCGCGGCACCUGGCGGGGAUGGCGCCGCAGGUGAUUCUGGACGCCAAGAAGGCGACGGGCAAGGAGAGUCUGUACCUGAGCGCGAUUGGGCGGCGGUUUGGGGAUCGCGUGGGUGUGGGCGUGGAUGCUGCGGCUAAUGGGGGUGGUGCUGCUGCUGGGAAAGGGGCACCAGCGCCCAUGUGGGGGAGAGGAGGGAGGAGUCCAGAGGUCCAGCGGCAGGUCCCGGCCCCGGUCCGGCUGGGCGGGGAGGGAUGGGCCGACUCGGAACAGCUCACGGUGCGGGGGGCGGGGGGAUCCGGGGAUGCGGUGGACUGGGACGAGCGCGUGGCCAAGGCGUGGCCCGAGUUCUGCAAGUAUUUCAACGGGCGGUCGGCGCUGGAGCGGAUCGCGCUGCAGGAGGAUAUGAAGCGCAAGGACGUGUGGAACUUGCUGACGGCCAUGAGCGAGUACCUGCUUUGUGUCCGUCAUUGGUAG